UCCACUAAGCAAGGAGUUAUCGCCGUGUGUUUUGAUGUGUCGUCCUGAAGUACUAUGUGCAACUUGCAAUGGUCCAUAUUAUAAUUCGAAGAGAAGUGACAUAUUAAUGUGGUAGAAAAAUAACAAUUAAUAUCAUUAUGUUCUUGAAGGUUUAUUACUAUUUUCUAUUAGUAAAUAAAGUGAAACAAUGCACGUGAUAAAACAAUACAUAUUGGUAUGGUUUAACAAGUAGUUCAUAAUGAGCCAUAAUAUUGCCGGCAUGGCCCCAUACAGGAUGGCUGGUCCUGGUCUAGGGCCACCUGACUUCAAACCUCCAAACGAGGCACCUCACAUACCCGCACCCGCGCCUAGUAAUCCUAAAAAGAGACGGAAAAAUGCAAGCGCAGCCAGCAACCAAUUACCUCCAACACCAGCGCCCAGUCUACAAGACUUACUACCUCCCCCAUGUUCUGGAUUUGGUGAUACUAUUGUGGCUUCAAAUCCUUUCGAUGAUAUGCCAUUUCCAUCUUCUAUGUCUCACAAUGGACCGAUGGGACAUAAUGCAUUGGCAAUGCUGGGUCAUAAUGGACCUCCGCAUUCUGGUAUGAACCCUCAUCUGCAUCACCACCCGCAUCAGGGUGGACCUCCUUGGGGAGGUCCCAUGGGGCAUAUGGGAAUGCCCAAUCAACACAUGCCUAUGCCCAACAUGAAUAAUUCAAGGCAAAUGGGAAGUCCUAUGACAGCAGGACCUAUGGGCAGCCCUAUGAAUAUGCCUAUGGGUUCACCUAUGGGUGGUCCAAUGGGCAGUCCAAUGAACACAAUGAAUCCUAUGAAUCAUAUGGGUAACACACCUAUGGGACCUCCCAUGCAUAGUCCACUGGGGCCAAUGGGUAAUGGACCAUCAAGUAUGGGAGGUCCAAGAAUGAAUGUUCCAAAUAGUUCGAGACCAAUGAGUAGUCCUAUGAAUUCUGGUCCCCAUGGCCCUAUGGUACCUCCAAUGCACAGUCCUUUAGGACAAAUGGGCAAUGGACCUGCGGGUAUGGGAGGACCAAGGAUGACAGCGCCUAAUGGGAGCAUGGGUCCUAAUGGACCAGGUCAAUGCGGGAAAGUAUAUCCUCCGGACCAUCCAAUGGUUUUCAAUCCACAAAAUCCAAACGCGCCUCCUAUAUACCCUUGUGGAUUUGCCACAAAGAGGUACAAAUAUGAUCAAGCAAUACUAUGUGAAAGUGGCUGCAACUUCUGGUUUCACAGGGGUUGUACGGGAUUGACAGAAGCAGCUUUUCAAUUACUAACAGCGGAAGUUUAUGCAGAAUGGGUCUGCGACAAGUGUUUGAAUUCAAAAAAUAUACCUCUUGUUAAAUUCAAGCCGUGAGUUUUCUUGAAGAGACAUCA